UUAACUUUUUAAUAUUUUCCUUUGAACUUUUAAAAUUUUAAUCAGAAAAAAUAAAAUGGAGCAGAGCCAGGACAUAGAAUUCCAGUCUUCUUUCCCUGGAAUUUCAAAGUCUUCAAAUCAAAUUUCAUUGCUGACCCUUCUGUUAGCUCCAAUCGUUUUAUUGUAGCCCAUCUAUUAGUUCCAUAGAUUGAUCGCAAAAGUACAAUUUUUUGUUUAAUUUUGACAAAAUUAUGCAGAAAUCUGGAGGUGGAGUAAUGGCAUGGAACGUGUUCAGGUUCUGCACUGCUCUGCGUGCCCUUGGCUCUAUUAUGAUUGUAUUGGUCAUUGGCAUAAUUGGGCUUACGUAUUAUGUCGUUGUUAUAGCCGAUUAUGGUCCAGCUCUCUUUCAUGGUGGCCUCGAUUCGCUUGUUUCUUUCGUUGUCUUGCUUUUGUUCCAUUCUUUGUUGGUGAUGCUAUUGUGGAGCUACUUUACUACUGUUCUAACGGAUCCGGGUGGUGUCCCACCAAACUGGAGGCCAUCAAUCGAUGAGGAGAGGGGUGAUGCAGAUCCAUUGAUUGGAUCGGAGCACAGCGGUUCAAACGUACGUUUAAACCAGCCAUCUGUACUUAGUGACCCAGCUAACGAAGGAAUGCGAUUCUGUCGAAAGUGCAACCAGUUUAAACCUCCUCGAUGUCACCAUUGUUCUGUUUGUGGGAGAUGUAUAUUGAAAAUGGACCAUCAUUGUGUUUGGGUUGUCAAUUGUGUUGGGGCAUUGAACUACAAGUAUUUCCUUCUUUUCUUGGUGUACACAUUUCUUGAGACAACUCUUGUUACUUUAUCAUUAUUGCGGCUGUUUGUAGCAUUUUUUACAGAAGGUGAAAUAUCUGGAACGCCAGGAACUCUUGUAGCCACAUUUAUUACAUUUGUAUUGAACUUGUCAUUUGCAUUGAGUGUUUUGGGCUUCCUGAUUGUGCACAUUUCCUUGGUUCUAGCCAAUACAACCACCAUUGAGGCAUAUGAGAAGAAAACGGAUCCUAAAUGGCGAUAUGAUCUUGGAUGGAAGAAAAACUUUGAACAGGUGUUGGGGACGGACAAGAGAUAUUGGCCCAUCCCUGCUUAUUCAGAAAAUGAUUUGAAACGCAUGCCAGUGCUUCGCGGUUUUGAAUAUCAGACAAGACCAGAUUCAGAUGAGUUCCAGCAGCUCUAAAUGCAUCGGCAACACAGAGUGUUAUAUUGUCAUUCCCUUUCAUUACCUUGUUAAGGCUUAGGCAUCGUGGAAGAAGUGGCUCUCAGUGUCCAUAUCCUUUGUAUGCCCUUUAUUAUUGGAUUACUAUCUAUGCAUGCCUGAAAGAUUAGAAUUUUUUACGUACGACUGGAUUAUGCUCAAAGGUAAAACUAUACAACUCUGUACAUAAAAUGUCUUUGUGCUUGCAAUGUAUCCAACUAUAUUCCACA